AUGGUCCAUCGCUAUGAUAUAACAUGUUUAGUUCUCUCCCGAAAGAUCAUUUGUUCUUUUAGAUUCACAUCUUUUAGAGAUUCACAUCACUGGCGCAAGCAGGCAGCCUUCUUGCCGGAUUAUGUGCCACCGAGGGAGCGGAAACAGGAUUUGCGGCAGCUGCAACAUCGAGCCUCGAUCCUGUGGUCGCCGCAGCUGCAGGAUCAAGACGAAGAGGCUGUUCGCGAAUACCUGUACAUUGCGGUUAGUCACUACAAUAUCGAGGAGGAGCAGGCGCUGUUCAUCCUGCGACGUCAUGGAUUCGACCUGUCCUUAGCCAGUCGACGUCUGGAGAAGAUUGAGACAGCUCGCGGAUGUCGCUAUCAUCGCUGGAAGGCCCAGGAUCUCAUCCGACUUUCGAAGGCCUUCGACCAAUACGGCACCGACUUCGCGAAGAUCCGGAAGGAGCUACCCCAUUUUCCUGUGGCCGAGGCUCGGCUAUAUUUCUCCUUCAUGUCCUCGCACUAGGAUCCAGAGGACCGACAAACCAUUUUACUGAUGAUGCUUUGA